AAAUUGUUAGCCAAAAAUUAACUCUGGGCGAAACCAAAGAAACUACCCAAGCUCUCCCCUUUUUAGGUUUAAUGAAGACGGGCGGCUGGGGAGAAUUAACCAAAGAAAUUCACCGAGGACAGUUCAGCGAAGGAGUUUUUAAACCCAAUAUUGAAAGUAGUCGCAGAAACGAACAAAGAAAUCAACAAAUAGCCCGCAUUAUUACGGCUAUGCUUGAAUGUGAAGUAUUUUUUGUUGCUUAUAUUGAAAAAUACCGAGCGAAAUAUACUUGA